AUGAAGUAUUCACUUACCAGCCUCGCCUUGAGCGCAGGCUCAUUUGCCUCUUCUCUUCCCGUUCACAUUGAGACUCGUGAGCCCUUAACUUCUCACUUGGCUAAUAUUCACGUGAGAUUCGCUCAACCAACAAUUGAAUCUUUGACGUUCACAUAUGGCUCUUGCACGGCCAGCUCGCCUUCCGAUUCUCAUCACACUAUCGCUACAACGGUCAGCGGGCGUGUAUCGCGAUUGGCCUGGGCUAUCCCUGUUGGUACUCACGACAAAGGAUGUAUCUCGGCAUGGAAACGCGAUGGCAGCCUUGUUGGGCGGAGUGACAUUCAGAAACUUCAUCGCGUAAAGCGAAGAGCGCCUCAAAAGAGAGGAAAGGACUCGAUUGUCAUGACGGAGGAGAAUGGCUUCGAUGUUCUAGGUCCAUGGUUCGACGGUGUCGCACACCUCACAAAGACGAACAUCACCACUGUCGACGAACAAGUCGCCAAAUCCAAAGAAAUUGCAAUCGUCGGAGCAGGCAUGUCCGGGCUAAUGACAUACCUAGUGCUCUCCCAAGCAGGCAUGACCAAUAUCAGCAUCAUCGAAGCCAGCCAACGUCUCGGUGGCCGAGUUCACACAGAGUAUCUAUCCGGCGGUCCAUUUGACUACUCUUACCAAGAGAUGGGGCCUAUGCGCUUUCCUGCAACUUACAAGAGUCCUGAGACUAAUGAGACGAUGAAUAUCACGGAUCAUCAAUUGGUGUUCCAACUUGCGGAUGAGAUGAAUAAUCUCAAUAAUCAUGAUAAGAACUUGAGUGUUGACUUUAUUCGCUGGAUCCAGUCUGAUCCCAAUGGUCUUUCGUACAAGAAUGAAUUCAAGCUUCCGAACGGCAUGCCUCCAACUCUUGCGCAGAUCGCGAAGAACAGUACCCUCGGUGUUAAAUCUGCGCUCAGUCCCGAAAACGAGGAUUUGCAGGCAAAGGUCAACGCUUACAUGCCCGGCUCUGAGUUCAGCACUCUUAUGGCAAAGAACAUGUUCAAAGCUCACAAACAAUGGCUCGAGACGGGUCUCAACGGUCUUGGUGGUGAUCAAUGGUCUGAGUACGCUUUCAUGGUGAACCACCUCAAGGCUAGUCUGAACAGCACCGAUGUUCUUGGUGACUGGUCUGCGACUACCUUUUGGGACUCGCUCUACGAAGGAUUGUACUUCUCCGCGGCUAGCUACAAGACCAUUGACGGAGGUCUUAACAGACUGCCUCUCUCAUUCCAUCCUCACGUUGAUGAUAUUACUACCAUGGGUCGUAAGAUCGAGCGUGUCAGAUACAGUGACUCAGCAGAUAAAGUCACACUUCAAUGGCGAAAGCAGUAUAACGAUACAGAGUUCCAGGACUCGACAUUCGACUACGCCGUCAUCGCUGUGCCCUUCUCUAUUGUUCGACGCUGGCGUCUUCCCAGUCUUCCACCAACCAUCUCCAACGCCAUCAAGGGCCUAACAUACAGCUCCGCCUGUAAAGUCGCCCUCGAAUUCUCGGAGCGAUUUUGGGAGCACUAUGAGAAUCCCAUCUACGGAGGAUGCAGUACUACCAGCGAUAUCCCAGGUAUCGGAUCUAUUUGUUACCCAUCCUACAACAUAAAUGGUACUGGUCCUGCUACUAUUCUAGCUAGUUACCAGAGCGGCGACAUGGGAGUCCGUCUGGCCAGUAUGUCUGAAGAGGAGCAUGUGCAGAUGGUGUUCGAUGCUAUGGUAGAUAUUCACGGCGAGGGUAUCAGGGACUUGUAUACUGGCAAGUUCAACAGGAAGUGCUGGGCUCUCGAUCCUCUUCAGUCUGGAAGUUGGGCUAGUCCUACGGCUGGACAGCAUCAGCUUUACAUUCCUGAGUACUUCAAGACUUAUGACAAGAUGAUCUUUGUGGGCGAGCAUACUUCUUACACUCAUGCUUGGAUCGCCUCUGCUCUGGACUCUGGCAUUCGUGGCGCACUUCAGCUUUUGCUAGAACUUGGCCUUAUCGAUGAGGCGAAACAGGCUGUUGAGAAGUGGAUGGCGAGAUGGAUUGAAGUGUAA